UAUCCUUUCGUUCACAUUACGGUUUGUCUCGUCAUUCUCGUCAAAAGUACGUCAACGUUAACAGUGAAAUAAUGACAUGGUGGACGACAAUUAUUUUUCUCUUCCUGACGACGCGAUUCCUCGUGUUUGUAUCCUCGGAAUAUUGGAAUUUGGAGAACCUCUGCAAGUCUCAAGAUACCUGUUCGAAAUGCCUACAAACGCCGCAAUGUGUCUGGUGCUCCAUGACGAUAUUUGGACAGAAUGUGAACAAUCUAGAUCGUUGUGUAUCCAAAGAAACGUAUCAGAAAAAAGGUGAUCUUUGGUGCUUACCAUCAAACGUAGUAGACAAAAACAGCACCAUGGAGAUCACCGAAGAUCGAAUGUUAUCUUCGAAAAAGGGCAAAGUUUCCGUUCAGAUUCAACCUCAAAGGAUACGUUUGCGUCUCAGACGAGGAGAGAAGUAUCGAGUGACUGUUAAAUACAGUCAGGCGGAGGAUUAUCCUGUGGAUUUAUAUUAUCUCAUGGAUCUAUCCUAUUCUAUGGAGCCGUACAGAGAUAAGUUAUCAAAACUUGGCCUGCAGUUGGCCAAAGCUAUGCAAAAUCUCACGUCGAAUUUCCGUAUCGGAUUUGGCAGUUUCGUAGAUAAAGUCAUUUUACCGAUGACUAGCACGCAGCCUGACAAAUUGAAGUCUCCAUGUAAUUUGAGAAAUAAAAAUGUACCUUGUGCACCACCUUACAACUAUAAAAAUCAGAUGCCUCUUACCGAGAACAUAACUCUAUUUAAGGAUCAGGUACAGGCGGCACCGGUGUCAGGUAAUUUGGACACUCCCGAAGGUGGGUUCGACGCAUUGAUGCAGGUCAUGGUAUGCACUAAGGAAAUCGGCUGGCGCCAAAAAGCUCGUCAUCUUAUCGUGUUCUCAACCGACGCGACAUACCACAUCGCUGGAGAUGGUAAGCUUGCAGGGAUUAUAGAGCCUAACGAUUGUAUGUGUCACUUGGACAAAAAAGGAUUUUAUAGUUACUCUCUUCUACAGGAUUACCCGUCGAUUUCUCAGAUCAAUAGAAAAGCGCGCGAGCAUGAUAUAAAUAUUAUUUUCGCCGUAUCUCCAGAUAUGAUCAAAAUUUAUAACUCAUUGAGUAGAAGUAUUAGUGGAUCCUCAACCGGAACUUUGAAAGACGAUUCGCAGAACGUCGUUGCUUUAGUGAGCAGCGAAUACGAGAAAUUGGUAAGCUCGCUAGAAAUGAUCCACACAGCACCAAAGAUAAUCGAUGUUAAAUAUUUUACCCGAUGUUUAAACCAAACAGGCGAUUUGAGAGAAAGUCAAAAAUGUGAAGGACUUCGUGUAGGCAACGUUGUUGAGUUUGAAGUUGAACUUAACGUUAUAGAGUGUCCAGAAGAUCCCAAAGAUUGGAACCAAACCGUAGAAAUUAAACCCAGAGGCUUGAACGAGAAUUUAAUUAUCGAUGUGGAAAUCAUAUGCGAUUGUUCAUGCGAGAGGCCUGAACAUUCGGACUAUCGGCCAAACGCUGCAGAGUGUAGAAAUAGCGGCACACUAGUAUGCGGCAUCUGCGAUUGCAAUUCCGGUUUUUAUGGAAAGCAAUGUGAAUGCAUAAUAAAUAAAAUCGAUGCUGACAGCCCGAUCUUCAUGGACGAUUGCAAAGCUGACAAUCAAACUACUGAAAUCUGCAGCGGCCAUGGUUCAUGCAUAUGCGGCGUCUGCGAAUGCGAAAUACGACCAAAUUCUAAGGAAAUAUUUUACGGACAAUAUUGCGAGUGCGACAAUUUCUCUUGCAAACGUAAUGAAGGCAAGAUCUGCGGCGGACGGGAACGGGGAAACUGCGUAUGCGGUACCUGCGACUGCAUACCGCCAUGGGGUGGAGAGGCGUGCGAGUGCAAGCAGUCCAACAACACAUGCAUCUCGCCGCCGCGGUCAGGCGAGACUGUUAAGAUUUGCAGCGGACGCGGCGAAUGCAUCUGCGGUAAAUGCCAUUGUCAUGAACGGAACCAUAUUCGAUUCUCCGGGGAAUUUUGUGAAGAGUGUACUACGUGUCCAGCGGAACAAUGUAAGGAGUUGAAGGACUGUGUUGAGUGUAUGGCGUACAAUGCAGGACCGCUCGUGAAGAACGGAGAAUGUAAUUUAUGCAAACACGAAGUCAUAUUCGCUGAUGUCAUAGAGGAGAAUCAGAAAGACGAAGAAACCGAAGCCCACAUUUGUGAAAUAAAAGGUGAUGAAGAUUGCAUGUUUAAAUUCAAAUACCAGUUUCAUAAAGGCGACACCAGAGACAAUGCAAUUUUCAAGAUUCAAACUCAGAGAGAGAGAACCUGCACAAAAGCCAUUAAUACGUUCGGUGUUGCGCUAGGCGUCGUCGUAAGUACCGUCGUCAUCGGUUCCCUGAUUCUCCUCAUGUGGAAACUAUUCACUAUAAUCCACGACAAGAGAGAAUACGCUAGAUUCGAGCGAGAACGUGCUCUCGCCAAGUGGGACAGGGGCGAGAAUCCUCUCUACAAACAAGCGACGUCGACUUUCUCGAAUCCGACGUUCGACGAAACUGCUAACAAUGAAUAAUAUAAUAGUAUAAUAAUAGUUUUAAAUUGAUAAGAAAUGAUGCUUUGAGCAUUGUGUCAAAUGUCGUUGUUUAUUAGCGUAAUCGUGUUUAGCAAUCACUCGAAAAGAGAAUACGAGAAGUUGCUGACUUUAAAUGUUAUUUAAUUUAUCUUGAAAAUUAAUAUUGAAUCAAGAUAAUUACGUUGUAUUAAUUAAUCAAUUAUA